UUUAGGUUUUUAUAGCCCAUCGGUAUCGAGAAAGAAAAAGGACUUUGUAUCCAAGACGAAGACCAUAGAUCACUAAAUUAAACACACAUUUAACAUCUUAACUACAAAUUUUAAAAGUUCUUUGUACAUUUUUUACAUCAUUUCCUGAAUUACUGCAUCAUUCAGAGUCAGGGCUGGAAAAACAAAAAAAAAUCUCAGCAAAAUCUCCAAAUAACAUAAUUUCCUUAUUGAACCUGAAACCACAAAUGACUAAUUUAUUGUGUUUAGCAACAGGUGUUCCCACUAUGACAACCAUCACACUCUUUUCCUGUCCAACCAAAGGUCAGCUAUAAAGUGAUGCAGUUUAUGACCUGCAGUCGUCACUUUACCCCACCCAGACCCGAAUCAGGAGGUCUUCAUUAGCGUCGAGACUUCAGCAGAAAAGAUUUUUAUUUUUAAAAAGGGAAAAUAUCAACCACCAGCCAUGCCAUCCAGCAAAAAAAUCCUCUAUUUUAUUUCUAGCGCGCUGUCUACGACCAUUUCCGUUGGACUGUUGGGGUUCGGAAUGUCGCAGCAGUGGUCCACAACAACGGUGUUGUGCGCCAGGAAUGGAGCUGACGACCUGAAUGGAACUGCAGUAGUGACCAUGGGCCUUUUCAAAGGAUUGCUACUGAGAGACGGCUGUCCUGGGUUUCAAAUUGAAUCUUCUUUUUCAGCUUUUGAAAAGCUGGUGGAUACAGGAGGUGCCCCUCCAGCCCUGCACUUUCUGUCUGUGAUCCUUUUGGCCUUGUGUCUGCUGUUUUCCGCCGGCAGCAUCCUCCUGUCGCUCUACAACAGCGUCAGCAACCCUUACCAGACUUGCAUGGGUUAUGUUGGAGUCUACGUCUGCAGCUCUCUCAGUGCUUCUUUGUCUGUGCUGGUCCUUAUCCUAUUUGUGAUAAAUGUCAGUGUGACCAGCCUGGCAGAAGACGUGGUUUUCUCAGUCGACGAGAGUGUGGACCUGGGAAAAAAAUCUGUAGAGAUGAAGGUUGGAUAUUUUCUGGUCAUCCCUUACACAGUCCUCUCUCUGGUUGCCAUUGGCUUGAUCUACUUUUACGAGCAUGCGGCCUACACGCACAAGCAGGAGCAGGAGAAGCCCACAGAGGAUGCUCCGAUGGAGACGAUGAUGUAUUAGAGCCGCAGGGGGGGACGGAGUCAGCUGUCGGCUGAUGAAUCGAUCAAUAUUCUCAGAGACAUUCUGCAGAGGAACAUAAAACAUGAUGACGGUGAUGUGUACAGGGAAGUGUGGACAUCCAGGAAAAAUGCUCAGUUUACACCUGAAAUGUUUUAGUUUAAAUUAAAUAUUUAAAUUGAAUAUAUUUUAAGAAGAUUCAUCAAUUUUCCUCAAUAAGUAUUUAUUUUGUGCAUGUACAACGGGUGCCUUAAACAAACUAUGGCACAAAACUAAAAAAAAAAAAAAAAAAAAAA